AUGGAAAGUCCACGAAACAUCACAGAAUUUUUCAUGCUGGGACUCUCACAAAACCCUGAGGUGCAAAGAGUUUUAUUUGUGAUCUUUUUGAUUGUCUACCUGGUUUCUAUUGGGGGCAACUUGCUUAUCAUGAUCACCAUUAUCUUCAGCCCCACCUUGGGUUCCCCAAUGUACUUUUUCCUCUCAUAUUUGUCUUUCAUUGAUACUUGUUAUUCCUCAUGCAUGACUCCUAAACUCAUUGCCGACUCCUUGUAUGAGGGGAGAGCCAUCUCUUUUGAGAACUGCCUGGCUCAAUUCUUUGUUGCCCAUUUAUUGGGAGGAACUGAGAUCAUCCUGCUGACAGUCAUGGCCUACGACCGCUACGUGGCCAUCUGCAAACCCCUGCACUACACCACCAUCAUGACCAGGCAACUCUGUGGCCUGCUGGUGGGGGUAGCUUGGCUGGGGGGCUUCCUGCACUCAGUCGUUCAGCUCUUCCUGGUCCUUCAGUUGCCUUUCUGUGGGCCCAAUGUGAUCAAUCACUUUGUCUGUGACUUGUACCCCUUGCUGGAACUCGCCUGCACCGACACCUUUACCAUCGGUCUGCUGGUGGUGGCCAACAGUGGUGUGAUCUGCAUGUUGAGUUUCCUGAUGUUGGCUGCCUCCUACGUCAUCAUCCUGCGCUCCUUGAGGUCCCACAGUGCAGAAGGGAGACGCAAAGCCCUCUCCACCUGUGGGGCCCACUUCACUGUGGUUGCCUUGUUCUUUGUACCCUGUAUAUUUAUUUACAUGCGGCCAUCAUCUACUUUGUCUAUGGACAAAAUAGUGGCUGUGUUUUAUUGUAUUUUGACACCCAUGUUCAACCCCCUGAUUUAUACCCUGAGAAAUGCAGAAGUGAAAAAUGCUAUGAAGAAUCUAUUGAAGAAAUGA